AACCCCUAAAGGGACAGCAGCAGCAACGAAAACAUGUAAAACACAUCCACACAAAGGAAAACAUAAGAGAAAAAAUGUGAGUACUACAGCGUGACUGACUGACAGACGAGGGAAAAGGAACAACUUAUCUUAUCUUCGAUGUAUGCAAAUUUUUCAUGGCUCUGCAUACCUCUGUCUGGAGGGGAAGAAAUCAUAUUCCAGGGGGGAGGCGCUACGAACUCGGAACCGUGUCAAAGUUACUGUACUUCGAAACCUUAACAAGAGUUAGGAGUGACUUCUGCUGACACAUGGAAUACAAGCGGAAAGAGACGAACAGUGAAGUCAACCUGUGAAUAUCAUCCAGAAGAGUACUUAAUACAUCUUCUAUGCAAGUGAGAAAAGGACCAGAUGCUCCAAAAUGGAUCAGGUACUUCCCAGCCAGAGCUCAGCUUCAGACCAGCUGGAACCCGACAGCGAGAAGCUCCAGCUCAGAGUGGACUUCUUUAGGAAACUGGGUUACUCCUCAGCAGAAGUAAAGGCUGCUCUGAAGAAGCUGGGUCUCAGCACAGACACCAACUCAGUGCUGGGAGAACUGGUCAGGAGCAGGACCAGCACUGCAUCCUGCAAGUCCAGUUCUGACAGUGAUGAGAGGAGCUCAGGCCAAAAGGACCCUCUGAUGCCUGCCAGUUGGCUCUCUGGACCCAGAAUCACACCACAACUUGGGGACCCAAAGAAUACAGACACAGAAUUGAGACCUGUUGUCAUUGACGGUAGCAAUGUUGCAAUGAGUCAUGGAAACAAGGAAGUGUUCUCCUGCCGAGGCAUCCAGCUGGCAGUGAAUUUCUUCCUGGACAGAGGUCAUAAUAGCAUCACUGUGUUUGUUCCAACUUGGCGCAAAGAGCAGCCCAGACCUGAUGCCCCCAUAACAGAUCAACACAUUCUGAUGGAGCUUGAAAAACGUAAAAUAGUGGUCUUCACUCCAUCGCGUCGAGUUGGUGGUAAGCGAGUGGUUUGCUACGACGACCGCUUCAUCGUCAAAUUGGCGUACGAGUCAGAUGGCGUGAUCGUAUCCAAUGACACCUACCGUGACCUCCAAGGAGAAAGACCUGAGUGGAAGAAAUGCAUCGAAGAGAGGCUCCUCAUGUAUUCCUUCGUGAAUGACAAGUUCAUGCCCCCGGAUGACCCUCUUGGACGCCAUGGCCCCAGUCUCAACAACUUCCUAAGGAAAAAGCCUCUGCCUACAGAGCAGAAGAGACAGCUCUGUCCAUAUGAUAAAAAGUGCACUUACGGCAUCAAGUGUAAGUUUUACCAUCCAGAGCGAACCAACCAGUCCUACCUGUCCUUGGCUGAUGAACUGAGGGAGAAAGCCCAGAUUUCUACUGUAAAAGAAGAAAGAAAUGCCAGAUUAUCACCCAGACAGUCUGAUACUGGGUCUGCUCAUAAUGCUUGUCCCCAUCCUCGAGACUCUAACACAGAGCUCAUUAGAGACAGGCAAAGUUCUUCACAUCCCUGUCACGUUGGUGAAAAUAAAGUGGUAUACUGGGAGGACCCAAGAAACAGUUCAAAUCAUAUGCCCUGCUCCGUAACAGGAGGCCAGUGUCAGAAAGAUUGGCCUGGGCUGCACUCAGUGCCCAACCAUUACUAUGCCAACAUCUCUCAUGAGUACCUGGAUUCUGGUCUUGGCUCUUUUGAGAGCCAGUACUCUGAUAAUUCUCAUUGCCUCAGCAACUCCCAGAGGCUCAGGUCCCAGCAACAAAGUUCCCUCGCUGGACCCAGACACACCUCAGUGCAUUUAGGGAAAAAUUACAUCAGCCACUCCUGUAGUUGCUGUUCCCAUGCAGUGCCCUCAACAGCUCACCAGCAUCACAGAAACAUGGAUUCUAAGGGUCAACCCAACUAUCCUCCUCACAUGUUCCCACCAAGUGUGCCACACCACCACAGCCUCCCCAGCCAUGUCCAUUAUAGUGGAGCCCCCCAUCAUCAGCAAAACUACUGGUCAGAUCCCUUUCAAGGGCUGCCCCAAGCCAGGACAUCAUGUAGUCUGUCCUCUUCAGUCCAUUCGUCACACUCCCACAACUCUUGCUCUUGCUCUUACAAAGGCCAUGAGUACCAUCCAUGGGGCCAACAGCCAUCUUCUGCUGCGUUCGACCCUCAAAGGCUGGAACUCCGCAAGAAACUGCAAGCCAUCUUCAACCCACAUGAGGUGGACACAGUCAUGGAAAUGUUCCCACAUCUGAUGGAUGCGGAGAAACUGGCUGCAAAGAUCCUCAACCUAAAGACUCAGAGAGGGAUAUUCUGAUGAUUUUCUUCCCUUGCGCCCUCUUCAAUCAGAACCACCAUGAUGCAUUUGCUGACCGUAGUUAUAUCCCUUAGUCUGUCAGAGCAAACAGAGAGUUUCUUGAGAAGCUUCUGUAGUGUCUAUAGUUGAAUAAUUUUAAAGUUAAUUGCAUUUUGUUCUGUGUAAUGUGCCAUAAUGAAAGUAAAAUUUGCCUUUCUAUUUAUGAACAGAUAUAGAUAAUUUAUUCUGUGUUAAAUGCAUUUGUAUGACAUUGUAGUCAAAUGAGACCUUGUCAUCCAUGUUUUAGAUGAACAGGGCCUUUAGACCAAAAACAGGUAUGACUGAGCUUCUAGAGUUUUUACCGUUGAUGCAUAUUGUGUCAAAUGUGAUCUAUUUUAAGUUCUCAAGCAAUAGGGAAUGGCUGUAUAAAGUAUUACUUACUCUUUUACUUUCACCGUAGUUCUCCAGAACAGCCUGCUGUUUUAUGUAAUCUCUGUGAGGUGUAGCUACAGUAUAUUUCAGUGUAUUGUAGCCAGAUCCCAAAUGGUAUUUACGGGAAAUUCUAAUCUCAUGCGGAAACUGAGAAAAAGACUUUGGCACCAGUUAAAGGAAUUUGAUGGUGUGUCAUCACUUGUUUCCUGUAGUCAGUAUCAGUUUCAUGGAACGUUCUCAGAGAAGACUGCUGUAACACUACAUGCAUAUUUGGGCUACUGUGUGAUUGAAAAUGUUGUAAAGAGGACAAUGAAAGUAUGGAAAUUAGUUCUCAUUAACAUACGGAUGUGUGUUCUCUAAUCAUAUUAUUUACUGUAAAUAUGUACUGUAAGAUAAACAUUGAUUGUAAGCAUAGGAAAAACCAUGUCACUGGAAAUAAAAAAAAAUGUCAGAUA